UUAUCUUAAGAAUACAUUUUUCCAUAAGUCUUAAAAAAAAAAUCUGAAUUUUUAAAAAAAGAUGAAUUCUCAGAAUGGAAAUUAUAUUUCAUUUAAACAAAACAAAAAUGGUGAUUAUAAUGAUAAAAUAGAGCUAAAAUCAGAUUCAAUUAAUGUCCAUGUAAUAUUUGCUAAUGACAAAAGCAUCAUAACAAGUUUUUCUACAUGGAAUUCAAUUUUAGAUGUAAAGCACUAUAUUUUUCCUUUUUUAAAAAACUAUAUAAAAAAUAUUCAUCAAAUAGUUUGUUUUAUAUGUGAAAAUAAUCAACAGUUAGAGGUUCAUGAUCAUAUGUUGUUAAAAAAUUAUUGGAUUAACCAAAUAAUUACCAUAUUUGUAAAAAUUAUACCAGUGACUGAAGAAGAAAUAUUACAUUAUACAAAAAACAAACAUUUUCAUAAAAGUGUGCAUCCAGAAAAUGGUUAUUUACUAAGUUCCAAUUUUUUAAUUCCAAGGAAUGCUGUAGGAUAUAUAAACAAAAAAACAAGAAAAUUCUACAAAAAUACUCAAAUACAAACGGAUACAUUUAUAAUUACAAAUAAUACUAAUGAUAAAAUAACUAAAACAUCUGAAUGUCAAACACUAACAAAUAGAAAUGUUAGUACAGAAGUUUGCAUUGAAAAAAAUACUCAGACUGAAAAUUUAAAUAUUUUUAAAACACUACACUCAUACAGAGAACUAAGGAGUCAAUGAUGGUUCUUGGCUAGCCAAUGAUGGACGGAACGGGUAUUAUGGGCAGCUUGCACUAGAGACUAGACACCACCAAUGAGUAAAUCACAAGAAAAACGAGAUUUUUCUUGUUGGGGAUCAAAUCCGGGAUACUGUGCGCUAAAAUAUAUGUUUCAACCCACUUGAUU